GUGCUCUCACUUUUAUUUGCUUGCUAUCGCACGGUCAAUCCUUAAAACUGUCUUUCUUUCUAGGGAUUUUAAGACCAGUUCGCGGGUUUUCACGUGUGUAAUAUUCAGACUAACAAUAGAAUGGCCACGGAUGAUUUAAACACGAAAAGGUUGGAUGCCCCGCGUCAAGAUCUUAGCGAUGCUUACAGUCUACCUGCUAAUUUUCUUGAAAUAGAAGUGCUGAAUCCAGAGACACAUAUAGGUGGCGGUUGGCCAAAGAGCCAAUACACUGAUUAUGAAGUAAAAAUGAAGACGAAUUUACCGGUUUUCAAGGUUAAAGACUCGACAGUUCGUCGAAGAUACAGUGAUUUUGAGUGGUUACGUUCAGAAUUAGAAAGAGAUAGCAAAAUUGUGGUGCCACCUCUUCCUGGAAAAGCCUUGAAGCGACUUUUACCAUUUAGAAGCGACGAAGGUUUGUUCGAAGAAGAUUUUAUUGAAGAUCGAAGGAAGAAGUUGGAAUCAUUCAUUAACAAAGUAGCAGGACAUCCUUUGGCGCAAAAUGAAAUUUGUCUCCAUAUGUUUCUACAGAAUGAAACCAUUGAUAAAAAUUAUGUGCCAGGGAAGGUACGAAAUGCUUGAAUGAAGAUGUACUCGUACAGUGAUUCGGACAAUCUUAUUAGGCAAACUUCAUAGCCUACUUGGCAGGUCGAUUAUCAUCAAACUUGCCUUGUGAUCGUGUGUAUGAUUCCCAUUGCCCAUGUGAUUGCGAAAAUAGUCAAAUCUCGAUAUUUUUUGUGUAUAAUCUCUGAAUCUGAUUAAACGAACAAUUAAUUAUCUGUUUGAAUAUACUAUUAGUUUACUGCAGUGAUAUUCCGUAUCUCUAUAAAUACUUCAUUUCCAUGAAUAUUCGUAAAGUCACCAUAGCUAAAAUAAAUUUAACAACAAUUUGAUAUAAAAUCUUAAAUCUAAAAGCCUCCUUCAAACAAUAUUUAAAGAUUCGGAUACAUAUUAUAUAUUAUCUUCGGAUAUAUUAGUCGUUUUUCAUCAUUAAUAAAUAACAGAAUUUCAGGUUUCGGUAUUUAAUAUAAAUCUGCUCAUCAAUCAAAGGUAUUGAGUAUUUUAGCUUUAUGUUUAACAAAGAAAAUCACAACAACAUGGAAAAAAUUGUGAUUAUUUCAUUCAUGUGCAAUAUGAGAUAAAAUAACACAGUGUAUAAUGAUUUUGGUCCCGAUGAUUUAUUUUAAAUUACUAAAAUGAUUCUUUAAUGUUGUAAAUGUAUUUAAAGGAGUUGUCAAUAAUCUGUAUUCGAUUUUUGAUUGAAAACAAACAGCUGUUACCAUGUAUCUCCUGAUUUGUUUUGUCUGGAAUUUGGUUUGGCGUAAAAUAUAGGAUUCAGCCAUUGUUGACCUAGACACUGUCCUAUUUCAUUAUUUGAAAACAAAGUCUAUAUUAAUAGCCCCUGUUCUAAGAAUAUUUUCAGUUCAUUUAACCACAUUUUGAAAUAGAAAAAGUUUCAAUAUGUAAAAAGAAACUCUCCCCCAGCUGAUAACAAGAUACCAGUUGUUUUUUCAUAGUUCAUACACAUGCAUAUUCAUUGGUGUUCUCAAAUAUUAAUAUGUGCUAAUACUUCAUAAAGGGAGACUCGUGCUUCCAUUCACUUAUUACAUUUUCAAUUUCUGCUAUUGUUUAUUGUUAUUAUUUAAAUAUUGAUAUGUUGUAAUGUGGUAAAUUUUGAUAAAGAAUUGUGAUAAUAAGUUUUGGUCUAUUGUUAAAAUUAUACAAGUUUUGAACAGAGAAUUAGUUUUACAAAUUGACUCAAUUUAUUUGUAUUCAGUAUUUGUUAUAAAAAUUACAUAUCUGUUAUCUAUUCAAACGGCAUCACAGAUUUUUGGGAUUUGGGUUCUGUCCGUAGAAUUGCAAUUAUUGUCAUAUAUUUUGUCUUGUCUGCAUUUGAUUAACAUAAUAAUUUGUAUAAUAUUUCAAUUUUAUGCGGUUUUUCGUAAGAGGCUUGAAUGGACCAUAAUUUGAAGUGAGCAUUUUAUGCACCGUGUUUUAGGACUUCAAUUGUGUCGAGCUUUUGAACAAGUGAGCCAAAACUGACUUUGCGUUUCACAUGAAUUUAAAAAAAAGAAAUUCACUGAGCAAGAUUUCGUGUUGAGUUGUCGUAUGCCAAACUAUUUAUAUUUGAACCCACAGAUUUCAGUAAUACAGAUUGAUUUUUCACUUGACAUACAAAGGAGCUUCAUGGGCUUCAUUCAGGACUUCCAGAGCAAUAAGAGCAGAAUUUUAUUCCAAAUAAUAAAUGCUUCUACUCGUUUUCCCAAACUUCAACAUAAGCAAAGUAGUUUUCCUAAAUCUCAGUAAAUAUUUAAAUGACUAAAAGCAUGCUCCGAAUAUGUUCAAAUUUCGCUUCGCUUGUAUCGUAUGUUUCUCAGAAGGCUAAUCAUAGUGAAUUUUUGGUUUCUCUAUUCCUACCUGAUUGCAUUUUUUUUUCUAUAUGGUUAUGACCCAUGUUUUAGAUUGCCAAAAUGGCUCCAAUUUUUCAUUGAUAAUAAUUUUUUUUUAAUUCUUUAUACUCAUAUUUUCCAAAUUUUUUAAAUGUAUUCAGAAUUUGAAAAAUAGAAUAUUUGCAUCAAAUUUUAUAGCUUAGUGUAAUACAGUCCCACAGCUGCAUAUGAAAUUAGAAUUCUGUCAAGAUGGAUUGACCUAUCUUAACCAAAUAGGCUUUCUCAAUGGACAGAAAAAAAGCAUCUUGUUCAUGUUAUCAUCCCAACCUAUUUUAAGGUACAUAUGCAAGUGUGGUGCUAUAUUACGCUGAAACAAAAUUUACUUAAUAAAACAUAAAUUUGACAGCUUCACUAGACAAUAUACCGUAAUAUAAAUUCCAUUCAUAAAAUUGACUUAGUUUGAAAGUCUGAAAUAGCCCCAUUAUUCUCAUAUCAUCAUACUGUUCCUAUUAAAAUAAAAUAUUUCAUUUAUCAUUUGGUUAUACCAUAUUGACUCAAGAUAUCUCUGGAUUCCCAUUUUUAUGAUCAGCAUCCUUUGUAUUGAUGUUGCAAUUUGGUAUCCCGGCUUCUCUGACCAGUCAUUCAACAAAUCUAUAGUGUAUUAUUAUAUAUAUAUAUAUAUAUAUCUUUGUAAUUCUAUUUCAUGCCGUUAACUAAUGACUGAUUAAAUUGUUAUUAUUAAGA